AUGCUUUCCAAAUCGUUUGUCCUGCACGUACUUUCUGCCUUUGCAUUCUCCAAGCAGGUUUUGGCUCGUCCCGUUGUUGUCCCUCCACACUACGCUCGCGCCGCGGAGGUUAAUACUGCGACUUGUGCUGUCGUCACGGUAACCGUCAGUGACACGGCUCCCACGAGCACGGUGGCUGCCACUACGACUGCCUCGGCUACCGCUGCGACCUCAACACUCUCUUCAUCCGUCAUAGGCGACUUCGGCUCGUGCUCCGUGCCCGAGAUCGAGUUUGGCACUGGCUUCGGCGGCAGGACAGAAACCGCGUUCCAACCCGUGAAUCAGACAUCUUACAAUCACGGUUCCGCAGACAACAUCGCUGUCAUCACCUCCUUCAUCUGUCUCGCCCUCACCAAUACUUGCGGAGCGAAUGCGCUGGCCAAGUCGACGUGCGCCACGGCCGCGUCUGCUGCAGCUAACUGUUCGGCAUUGAGACCGAUUUCGCUUCCGUUCCUGAAGUAA